AUGUUGCGACAAUUGACCAGACAAAUAUGCCGGUCAGGAGGUAACCUUAAAAAGGCCUUUGGACAAAGGACAAUAUCCACAACCCAGUGUCUACGUGAUGGCAGUGAAGGUAAGUGCUUUGCUUUUUAUUGCUUUCCAAAAGGUCAAGCUGAGGAGAAAACCGUACUGGUGGACAAGGAGAAAAACAUUACCAUGAUUGGCAUCAAUAGGCCGCAACAGAGAAAUGCCAUUAAUGCCGCAACAGCAGCCAAGUUGUGUGAAGCGUUCAGUGCCUUCGAAGCAGAUGAAACCUCACCCAUUGCUGUGCUCUAUGGUGUGGGUGGUAGUUUUUGUUCGGGUUUUGAUAUUUUGGAAAUGGCUGCCAAUGAUGAGGGCAAAGUAUCCAUGGAAAUGUUAAUGAUGCCUGAAGGCUCAGUGGGUCCCACCCGGCGUCAUUUACACAAACCCGUGGUGUGUGGCAUCAAUGGUUAUUGUGUUGCCAACGGCUUGGAAUUGGCCCUGAUGUGUGAUUUACGUGUUAUGGAAGAAUCGGCAGUGUUGGGAUUCUUUAAUCGUCGUUUUGGUGUUCCUGUCAUUGAUGGAGGCACUGCUCGUCUACCGGCUAUGAUAGGCUUUGCACGUGCCCUCGAUCUGAUAUUGACCGGGCGGCAAGUUAAUGCCGAGGAGGCACAUGCCAUUGGUUUGGUCAAUCGUAUUGUACCCACUGGAAAUGCUUUGAUUAAAGCCUUGGAAUUGGCUCACACAUUGGCGAAAUUCCCACAAAGUGCCCUGAAUCAUGAUCGGAAUUCGUUGUAUUCCUCAGUUUUCGAAGCGGCCAAUUUCCAUCAAGCUAUACAAAAUGAAAUUAUGUAUACAUCCAAGGAUAUGAUCGAUCAAAUGAAGGAGGGCAUCACAUGGUUUACUCAAACCUUCAAGGACGACAAUCGUGAUUCAUGGUUGAAACGUGACAAAUCCAUGGCCGAUUGGGAUGAUCAGCAGGUCGCUGAAGCCGCUGCCCAAAAGGAGGCGGAAAAACAAGCCCAAGAACGUGCACGAAUUGAAGAAGAGAAACGCCUUAAGGAGGAAAAAGAAAAGAAAAAAGCCGAAAAGAAGAAAAAAUCCGAUGAACCUGAACCAACACCAAAAGAAUAA